AUGGAAAAGUUGGUUGACGCUGGUUUCGUUAAGUCUAUCGGAAUUUCUAACUAUAACAAAAGGCAAACAGAACGGAUACUUAGUUGCUGCCGUAUCAAGCCUGUGAUGAAUCAAAUCGAGAUUCAUGUUCAUUUCACGAACGAAAAACUAGUUAAAUUUCUUAAGUCCGUUGAUAUUGGAAUUACGGCUUAUGCGCCCUUUGGCUCGCCUGCCAGUUCAUUUGCUCAAGGCAGAUCUGGGCCGCUGGAUGAGCCCUGGGUUAAGGAGAUCGCUGAAAGGCACCAUAAAACGACAGGACAGGUUUUGAUUCGGCAUUGCAUUCAACGCGGUAUUGUUUGCAUUCCGAAGAGUGUUACCCCAUCCAGAAUCCGUGAAAACUUUCAGGUUAUAUAUUAUAUAUUGAAACGCCUAGUCACCAAUUAA